UAAAGCACCUGUGGUGCUAUAGUCCUUGGAUCUCUAACAGUCAUGUCGUCCCUUCCAGAGUUCUCAUUGGAAUACCGUGAUACUAUGCUCAACGUGACUCUAAUGGAGUCGUUAGCGCAUGGUAUUUAUACCACGGUCGUUGUGUUUACUUUAUGGAUGAUAGUUGUGCAUGAGAAAUGCAGGACACGAGUUGUUAUGGGCGUCGUGAUUGUUGUGAUGUAUCUUAUCGCCACCCUGCACUUGGCACUUCGGUGGUGCUAUAUCCGAGGAUCAUUCAUCAUUCACGGGCAAACGGAUGAUACAGCAUUUGAUUACCUGUUCAAUGCACCAAAAUGGAUGCUUGCCAGCAGCGUCGCAUUCACUGUGAAUACAAUUAUAGCGGACUUUGUCGUAGUUUGGCGCUGCUGGAAUGUCUGGGGACGGAAUUGGAUAGUUGGUGCGAUACCCUCGCUCGCCAACAUCGUUGGGAUAGUUUUUGCUGGCUUCAGUCUGUUCCAGCAAGCCACUACGCCACCACCAGGAAGUGCAUGGAGCGCCGCUCAAAUCGACUGGCUCUUGCCAUACUUUUGUAUAUCGGUAGCGGUUACCGUCGGAUGCACCUCGCUUAUCGUCUUCAAAAUUUGGAAUUCGCAUCGCGAAACGGACAGACUGACUCAGCUCCCGUCCCACCGUUCUUAUAAGUUCAGCAGAGUUAUCUGCACCCUGGUCGAGUCAGCCGCUAUGUACGCCGUAUCCAUGAUUGUCACUUUGGCAUUCUACCAACACGGGGCUCUCAACGCAAACUUUCCCAUCUCUAUCACUUCCACAAUUACUGGACUAGCCCCCACACUUAUACUUGCACGAGUAACAAUCGGUAGUACAAGACCUUUGUCGACAUACCAAGAGCCCCCGAAGUCAAUUCUAGAAUUCAACCGCACUCUUGAUCCGAUUAAUACACUCGCAACCGUGCCGUGCCUUGACAUUCAUGAUGAAGAUUCCGGCACGUCUUCAUCAUCGGCGGUGACAGACAGGGAUUUAGACUCAGAAAGGGGAUGGAAGAAAACUGAGGUGGAAGCUGAGGUAGUGUAAUACUAGGUCCUUCAACAUUAGAACAUUAUGGUAGAGUCGGGUCAUAGAACAAGGAGAAAUGGGAGUGGUGGUGGUUUAAUAAGUUGUAACAAUUAUUUGACUAGUGGAACAUGGACACUCGUAAAUUACUCCCCAGGCCGGGAAUUGACCUAUCUUUCGACGGUCCUCCCCUGGUCUGCGUCCUGUGGCUAUUCUGGUUCCGCAUUACCGGCGUGGGGUAUUCUAGUGCUGCUGCCAUGCCAUUUUCGGCACGACAGAUGGUCGCCACGAUUUCUGCUAAAAUUAUUCAUAUCCGCUCUGGGUUCAUUAAAGCAAUGGCCAUCGGGAGCUAUCAGAUACAGAUGU